GAGGAAUGUUUACUCGAAAUAAAAUUGGAAAGAGAAAAAAUAAGUAGACAAUACGUAAGCGAAUAAGGAAAAAGAUUAUUGGAUUGGGGAAAACGCAUAGGGCGGUGGAGUGAGCACGCAGUGGCGUUGCGAAUCGGGGCAGCAGCCGAUUCAGUCGAGUUCGGAGACGGUCGACGGACUUCGGACAAAUUCGUCAAAAGCAAAAUGUCGUCUGCUAGGCGCGUCGUCAGGAACCGGGUCGUAUUUCUAACUCGAAUGUUGCUAUGAUAAGUGAUAAUGCGAUGUCUCUGCGUACAAGUAUUUAGUGUUUUUUAUUGGAAAGUGUGUGAAAAAACGCAAAAGGAUAUACUACGAAUUUGGUUGCCCCGUUGCCGACAAAGAAGUUCAACGAGAGUACCGGUGAACAUUGAUUUUUCCUGGUUUCGCAUUCUACUCGACAGAUGAUCCGAACGAAUGUUUCCAAAACGGAAUAAUGUGAAGAGCGAUAGAAUUAGAAUAAAGAUGUUUCGUCAAGUAAAAUAGUAAAGAAUCUUUGGGAUCGUGACAGAGGUCUCAAAACGUACCAACGACAAGAAUCUGCGAGGACGUGUCCGCGAGGUCGAGGCUGACCUAAACAUUUGAGCCAAAUCUAACCUGACCUAAGCGCCGCUGACGACAAAGAUACGAAGCAUCGGUGAUUAUCGGCGUGCACAGGAAGCACGUUGCGUCGUCGGAUAGAAAAGUGAUACCUGUCGCUCUAUAUCGUCAAGUUAUUGGCGAAGCAUCGUCGAAAGAACGCCAGACAUUGUACGCUUUCCCUUGUACGUCGUCUCUUCGCCACCACCUCCCUCUUCCUUCCGUUACGGCGUGCAGUUCGUGCACUUCUACGCAGCGGUACACUGUACUGUACCCAACAGCGGCGUACAAGUAAAUAAACGCGCGGCAAUGGUGGAUUCGAGUUCCACGUGCUUCCUGUACGACCAAACCGUUCUCGAUUAGAGCAGGUUCCCCGAAAAGAAAAGGCUACGCGCGACGGAAGGAGAGAGAUCGGAAACAACAAGGAUGUCGUAUCUAAUAUCGCGUGCAAAGUUGCCAGCUGCCUGCUGUCGAUAACUGCGGUGCACUAUUCGCCGCUGGUGGACGCUAUCGAGCGAAGACGACGUAAUACACGGCUCACUUGUGUGUCGCGGUUGUGAAAUUGUCUAGUGGUUGUGAAAACAGUGCCAAGCGAGGGGAGUUGCAUGAAUAUGGUGUAAGAAAGAAAAGAGAGGAAAGGUCGCAGAAGAUUUUUUUUGGAUAAUGGAGUUCGAGCUGGACGGAAGCCUGAAGGAAUGGGUAAAGGACAAACCAUUGAGCAUCCUGCAGCUCGAUCCUGCUGACAGAGCCGUCUUACGGAUUGCCGACGAACGAGACGCGAUCCAAAAGAAAACAUUUACCAAAUGGGUGAACAAGCAUCUGAAAAAGCACUGGAAGUACGUCAAGACUUACACGUGCCUGCACGUGUGCGUCCUUGUGAACAACCAGCCAUGCUGUUCCCCUACUGCCAGCAGACAUGUAGGAGAUUUGUUCGAAGACCUGCGGGACGGGCACAACCUCAUUUCUUUGCUGGAGGUCCUCUCGGGCGAGCAUCUCCCGCGAGAAAGGGGUCGGAUGCGUUUCCACAUGCUGCAAAAUGUACAGAUGGCCCUUGAUUUUCUGCGUUACAAGAAAAUCAAGCUCGUCAAUAUCCGUGCCGAGGAUAUCGUCGAUGGGAAUCCAAAGUUGACGCUUGGUUUGAUAUGGACCAUCAUACUGCAUUUCCAGAUAUCCGAUAUAGUAGUGGGUCAGGAACCGAACGUAACUGCCCGCGAAGCUCUCCUAAGAUGGGCAAGACGCUCGACGGCGCGUUACCCAGGUGUGAGGGUGACAGACUUUACCGGGUCCUGGAGGGACGGUUUGGCUUUCAGCGCAUUGAUACACCGAAACAGGCCAGAUUUGGUCGAUUGGAGAGGCGCUCGUGCAAGUCAGCCACGAGAGCGGCUCGAUCGGGUCUUCCACGUCGCGGAGCGCGAGUAUGGCGUUACGAGGCUUCUCGAUCCCGAAGAUGUGGAUACACCGGAACCGGAUGAGAAGUCCUUGAUAACGUACAUCUCUUCGCUCUACGACGUGUUCCCGGAGCCGCCAGCUAUCCACCCGUUAUACGACGCGGAAGCUCAAAGACGUUCGGCUGAAUACCGAGAGCUGGCCAACUCUCUCCAUAUGUGGAUCCGCGAGAAGAUGUGUCUGAUGCAAGAACGUGCCUUCCCUCCGACCCUGAUCGAAAUGAAGAAACUGGCGGCCGACAGCACCAAAUUCAAGAACGAGGAGGUGCCACCGCGAUACAGGGACAAGCAAAGGCUCGCAUACAUAUUCAGGGAUCUUCAGAAGUACUUUGAAGCGGUUGGCGAAGUGGAUAUGGAACCUGAGUUGCAUAUCGAAGUGAUCGAAAAGAACUGGAACCGACUGAUGAUGCUGCAUCAAGAAAGGGAGCAGGCGAUCAUCGACGAAAUUAAACGACUCGAACGACUACAACGACUGGCCGAGAAGGUUCACAGAGAGAUGAAGUCGACCGACAAUCGGUUGGAGGAGCUAGAGAGACGAGUAGAAGACGAAGCGCGACGUCUCGAUCGACUUCAUCCCCUAGAGGCUAAACACGCCGUGGACCUUCUGGAACAGGAUAUACGCAACACCGAGAUUCAAAUUCAAAAUAUUUUCACGGACGUGCACACUCUUACCGAGGGAAGAUACAGCCAAGCGGCCGAACUUCACAAAAGAGUACAGAAGCUACAUCAACGAUGGGUCGCAUUGCGAUCUCUCCUUCAUAAACGUUUGGUACAGCCACUGUCGGCCGUGUCCUUCCCGGUAGAAGAACGCGUCGUGACGAAACACCGUACUACCGUCCACGAAACACGACUGGUGGAUACCAAUCCACAUUUCCGAGCCUUGCACGAUUGCAUCGAUUGGUGCAAAGCUAAAAUCAAACAGCUGCAGGAUGCAGAUUACGGGUCAGAUUUGCCUAGCGUACAGAACGAGUUGGACGUUCAUCAAAGAGAACACAAGAACAUCGAACAAUUCCAUCCUAAAGUGGACAGAUGCGUGCAAGCCAAGAGCCAUUUCCAUGGCGAAGAGUUGACGUUGUACAGUCAGCAUCUCGCCGUUCUACAGAAACUUUACACCGAGCUGUUAUCGGCCUCUAACAAGAGACUUUCCGAUUUGGACACGUUACACGAUUUUAUACAAUCGGCCACCGGCGAACUGGUCUGGCUCAGUUCCAAGGAAGAAACAGAGGUGACGCGCGAUUGGAGCGACAAGAAUUUGAACGUGCAAAGCAUCGAACAGUAUUACGAGCGUACGUACGGAUCUGGCAUAGAGUCCCUAAUGAGCGACCUAGAAAAGCGAGAAAUCCAAUUCUCCGCGGUACAAGAUCGCGGCGAAGCGUUGGUUCUUCAACAUCACCCAGCCGCAAAGACGAUCGAGGCGUACAUGUCUGCUAUGCAAAGUCAGUGGGCUUGGCUUCUCCAGUUGACCCUCUGUUUAGAAGUUCAUCUGAAACACGCAGCGCAGAGCCAGCAAUUCUUCCGGGAUAUUCAACAAGCAGAACAAUGGAUAUCGAAGAGGGACGAGACGCUGAACACCAUUUACUCUCAGUCCGAUUUCUCCUUGGACGAGGGUGAACGUCUUUUGAAAGGCAUGCAAGAACUGCGCGAGGAAUUGAACAGUUACGGCGAUCACGUGCAGAAGCUAGUCGAACAAGCGAAGGACGUUGUUCCUAUGAAACAACGACGACAACCCGUGACCCGACCUAUGCAAGUCACAUGUAUCUGUAGUUACAAACAGAUGCCGAUCGAGAAGGGAGAACAAUGUACAUUAUACGACAACUCUGGUAGAAUAAAAUGGCGUGUCAAGAACCAAGAGGGAGUCGAGUCUCCCGUACCAGGUGUCUGCUUCGCGCUUCAACCUCCGGACAAGGACGCUCUCGACGCUGCGGAGAGAUUACGAAGACAAUACGACCGAAGCGUCGCGUUAUGGCAACGCAAACAACUCCGACUACGACAGAACAUGAUAUUCGCGACCAUCAAAGUGGUGAAGGGCUGGGAUCUGCCUCAAUUCCUAGCCAUGGGUCAAGAUCAGCGAACAGCCAUCAGAAAGGCGUUGAACGAAGAUGCCGAGAAGCUGCUAUCCGAAGGCGACCCGGCUGAUCCACAACUGAGACGACUGAAACGAGAAAUGGCCGAGGUGAACAAGUUGUUCGACGAACUAGAGAAGCGUGCUCGAGCGGAAGAGGAAUCGAAGAAUGCAGGCCGUAUCUUUAACGAUCAGAUCUCCAGCCUUCAACAAGCGCUCGACGAAGCCGAGAGAGUUCUGAACUCCCGUAUAGCUGCCCCGUUGCCCAGAGACCUUGACAGUCUGGAGCACCUGGUUCUGCAGCACAAGGACUACGAGCAAAGUCUACGGCGUCUCGCACCGGACCUCGACCGAGUUCAGCAAACCUUCCGCGGUAUCACCCUGAAGACUCCAGCGAUGAGGAACAAGCUCGACGCUGUCACUACCAAGUGGAAUCACAUCUGGAACAUCAGUAAUCUGUACAUAGAACGGCUCAAGUGCGUCGAGAUCGUGCUUUCUAGCCUCGAAGAGAACACCACCGCGAUAUCCGAGUUCGAAGUGAAGUUAGCGUCCUUCGACGAGUUGCCAUCCGACUUGAAGGGUCUACAGAACGUGCUGGAAGACCUGAUGGUACUCCAGAACGCCAUCGCACAACAACAGAGCGUAAUGGAUCAGUUGAACGAGGACGCGCACAAUGCUAGACGCCUGGUAGAAAAGUCAAGAUCAAAUCAUCGCGGUCCACAUUCAGACAUGGAUCGUUUGGACGCUGAAGUGAACCGGUUGAACGCUAGGUGGACCAAUCUUUGCGGACAACUGGUCGACAGACUUCGAAGCGCAGAGGCAGCUUACGGUCUGGCGCAGCAGUUGGAACACGCUUACAGAAACGAGGUUGAUUUUGUCGAUGAGUCCUACGCGAAACUGGAAGUGGAGAACGCGAAGAACCUGCUGAACAAGGUGGUGGAACGAGCGCCUGCGAUCGAGGCGGUAAAUGUGACCGGAGGUCGAUUGAUCCGCGAAGGGAAGAUCUACGGACAAAGGCUUCGAGCGUUCAAGGAACAGUUGGAAGAUAUCUGUCCGUCUUUGGACGCUUCGGUGAAGAAACCACGACGCGAAUAUGUUUCGACGGUCGACGACGUCGCUAGAGACCUAGAUACUCUCAACAGGAGAUACACCACCCUGGUGAAUAUCCUUCAGGAGAAGGUUAAACAGCUGGCAGCGCAACAUCCUGAGGAUACGUCUCUUCAGCGUGCGCUUCAGGAACAGAGACCACUCAGGACAUUCCGUACGGAAUUCAAUAUUUACGAGAGUAGUACCUGCGAGGAACGUUACACAUCGACGACCACACACUAUACACAGUCGCAGUACAGUUUAGAGCGGCGCGAGAGGACAGAACGUACAGAGAGGACAGAGACGGUCGUGUCCAGCGACGCGACACGACGUUCCAGUUCUCAAGAGAGUACCCGUCCCGAUGGUAGGAGUACGUCCGUGGAUCGGGAUGGGGGAACGAUCACGACGACGCAGUCCGAUCAGGAUAUCGCGAAAGUAUCUCGAAAGCGGCAGCAAGAGGAGGAUGAGAAGAAGGAUCGUAUGGACGAGGCGUCGUGGUCGAGAACGAGUAGCAGUAUUAGCGGGAGCAGCGUGCAUUUUAGCGAGAGUAGGAGCGUUAAGAGGAUAGAGCGGGUGGAAGAGGGUAUAGGUACAGAGAACGUGAUAGAGGCUAGGGGUAUCGUAGAUCCACGGACAGGGAACGUGUUGACGGUGGGCGAGGCGAUAAGUCUUAGGAUCUUGGACGUUAGGAACGGUAGGAUAACGUGCUCGAGGGACGGCAGGAAGACCGUCUCGAUCGAGGAGGCGGCUCGCGAGAAGAUAAUCGAGGCGCGUCUCGCGGAUCGUCUGCUAGGCCCGUGCGGAUUCGACGAGGAGGGACGUCCGGUGUCUCUGCUCGAGGCGAUCCAGCGGGAGCUGUUCGACGCGGAGAAACCAGACGGUUCCGGGCACGCAGAUAGAGCGAAGGUAACUUACUCUAAAGAGAGUGUCCCCGUCGAUGAGGGCGCGGUUAGCGUAGCCGAUGCGAUAAAGGACGACGACGUAGGCAAGGGUUCCGCGUUGGAUCCGCGGACGGGCGAGCUAGUUACGAAAGAUGGCGAGAGGCUGUCGGUCGAGGAGGCUCACGCGAGAGGUUACCUGGCGAAACUCGACGUUACCGUGACCGUUAAGAGGAACGCGUUACCGUUAUCCGACGCGAUAUCCCAAGGUCUCGUGGACGAGACCUUAGGUCGGGUGCUUGACAGGAUCACGGGAGAGAGUUACGCCCUUGACGAGGCUGUCGAGAAAGGAAUACUAGACCCAACCGCGAGGGAGGUCGUGGACGCUAGGAACGAUACCAAAGUGACGUUGUUGGAUGCCAUGAAACUGGGCAUCGUUAACCCUAAGACCGGCAAAUAUAUGCACGGUCUCACCAUGGAGAAGUUGUCUCUGAAGGAGGCGCGUCGACGACGACUCAUAGUGAAACCAAUGACCCUGAAGGACUGUCGCGAUUCGGAGAUCAUCGACGAGAGCGGGAAGAUCACCAGCCCCGCGCAUAGAACCAAAUUAACUGUAACGGAAGCGAUCGAAAGAGGUGUCCUCGACGCCGAUCGAUUGAAGUCAAUUGUCGACGCGACGACCGGUGAAACGAUCACGCUCUCCGAGGCGUUAGAUCGUGGCUUGAUCAAUCCUAAGACGACCACUUACAGAAACGCGAACACCGACGAGGAAAUUGCUAUUUCGGAAGCCGUUGAGAAGGGUCUGGUUACCUCGCUCGCACAGAAGACAAUAUUUGAUGUGGAUGGCUUCAGAGAUCCUUUGACCGGAGAGUACGUGAGCUUGAACGCAGCUUUGCUCAAAGGUUUGAUCAGUUCCAAAUCGGGCGGUAGUUAUAUUGUCGAUCCGAAUACCGGAGAAAGAGUUUCGCUGGCCGAGGCUGAAGAACGAGGUUACAUUCGACCGGAAGUUGCUGAGAUGUUCAACAGAGGUAUCGGUAUCGUCGAAGAAGGCAAAGAGAUCACUCUUCUUGAAGCCGUUUUCUCGGAGCUGAUCGAUCCGAAGACUGGUCUGUUAUUGGAUCCGAGGACCAAGAAACCGGUAGCUCUCGAAAAUGCAAUGAAACGUGGUAUAAUUACUCCCGACGGAGCUGCGUUGCUCACGGGGUUAUUGAACGUCACUGUCACCACGCAGACUACCACAAAGGUAAAAGAAGUUAAACACGAGGAGAUUAACAACGGAUUUGAACGAUCGACUAAAGAACGAGUACAUGUCGAAGCGAUGGACGUCGAAGAGACUCUUGAACCUUCUCUGAAAGACAACAUUCCUAGAGCAAUUGGCACUACCACGACUAUUAUCUCUAAAGAUCACGUAGUUACUUCUUCGGAAGCGAAAGCGAGCAUUCUCGUUAACGCCAAGGACUCUUCAAAAGCGAAGGAUAACGACAAUGCUGUUCAGACAUCCAGGAGUAAUCGAUACAAGGAUCCAGAUCAGGACCAAGACACCAGCAUGAUCAGUGACCCAUCCAGAGAGGACAGCUUAUCGAUGGAAAAGAGAGUAUUCGAACUACCAACCGAUGGAUGGUCCCUCUCCGAAGCGAUCGACCGAAAACUCUUCGAUCCAACCACCGGUCUCUUCAUCAUCCCAGGAACGGACAGGUUGGUUUCAUUCGAGGAAUGCGUGAAGCUGCGGAUCAUCGACCCGAACUCCAGCUUCGUGAUCGACCCGAACAACGGCAGGAAGGUUUCCCUGCUCCGCAGUUUGGAGAAGAACAUCCUAGACUCCACCGGCCAUUACACUUACCCACAAAAGAUCUCGAUGAAGGAGGCGAUUGACAGAGGGCUGGUCCUCCUGGAGGGUAAAACACCCGACAUCGAUCACUCUCAACAGAGGUUACUGCGAAUCACCAAGAUGUCUGGGGAACCGGACAAAUUGGAGGUGAUGCGACUCGACGAUCCUUCGAAGCAGCUAGACAGCAAGGAUUCCGAAAGUUACGGGAUACCGGACCCCGUACGAGUCUCGCGAGGUUUGAUCUAUGAUCCAAUCACCGCUCUAGUCAUUUCCACUGAAACUAAAACGUCGAAGGAAUUAUUAGCGGCUUUGUCCGACGGUACGUUGCCGAUGGAUGUGGUGAUCGUUACAGACCCUGUGACAGGAAAGGCAAUUCAAGGCAUACCGGAAGCUAUUCAGCGCGGUAUCAUCGAUCCCAACACUUUGGAAUACUACGUCAACGAAAAUAGGAAGCUAUCUUUGAUGGACGCUGCGAAAUUCGGUGCAGUAACCGUGUUGGGUAUUCCUCUGGUUCCAGUUACGUCUUCGACACCUAUUUCGGACACAAACAUACCUCGUGAAAUGAAAGAAUCGUCGCCGAUCGACCGGGACGAAAGUUCGAUAAUCGGCAAACCGAACUAUGAAUCGGAUUCUGCCAUUGGAUCCACAUCCGUGAUGGAUUCUGUGACCGACUUCUCGCCAACGGCGGCGACCAGCGAGGAACCUUCCGUCUCGAAAGAAGGCGACGAAGAGAGGUUCAAACCUUUCGAUCCUAAAUACGAAGCAAUUAUCGGAGAGACAGUUGUGUGGCCAAGUUCGGAGGGCGAAACCAAGUCCAUCGUUCUUCAGAAGAUGAGGAAGCGUGUGGUGAAAGCCAAGGAAGCUCUAGAGAGCGGAUUGAUAGACGCGGAAACCGCCGAGAUCUUUACAAGGAAAAUGGCGGUGGAGGACGGUAAACCUGUCACUCUCUCGGAAGCUAUUCGCAGCAAGAAGAUAGACGCAGAUUCUGGGAAGAUCGUCGAUCCUCAAAGAGGAGAUAUCCUCAACAUCGGUGAGGCAGUCGAACGUGGAGUCUUGGAUCCCGUGAGUGCCGAUGUUCUGGUGCCUUUGGCUAAAAGUCUGUCCAUCCCUGGUUUGUACAAACAAGGUCUGCUCGAUCCUCACGAGGGCAAGGUGGUUCAUCCAGAGACCGGUGCACAUCUGACAUUGAAAGAAGCGAUUCUUUGCGAGAUAGUAGACCCGUUAUCAAAGUUGACCUGUUCAGAUGGUCGCACAGAAACCCUUCGCAGUGCCAUUGAGAGUGACCUCGUUGACCCGGAGAGGUCUUUGAUAAAAACUAGUCAAGGUGAUAGCGUCAGCCUGGUGAAGGCUGUCGAGAGCAACGUGUUCGCCGACUCGGACAGGGACCAAGAAAGAAUACCUCCUGCUGGUAUGACCUUCACAGUUGCCUUAGAACGAGGACUCAUAGACGCAGCGGGCAAAGAGAUACGACAUCCGAUCACGGAGGAACGUUUGUCCUUGGAAGACGCUAUAAAGGGUAACUUCAUCAUGUCGUUACCUUGUCCAGUGACAUCCGAUAGCAUGGAGGUGACCAAAGCGUUAGAGGCUGGCCUCAUUGAUAGAGAAAAGGGUGUCUUCGUUCAUCCGACGACUGGUACGCCAGUGCGUCUAUUGACGGCCAUAGAAUCUGGUCUGCUGGUGGUCAAACCACCCAUAAGCAGCGAAUCCGUUACAGUAACUACCACCGGUAUCACGGAGACAGUCACCUGCCAUCAUACAGUUACCACUAAGAGCAUUGAUAUUUUAUCAGGUUAUGCGCUGGUGGGUCCCAACGAGGUGCGAAACAUGGAGACCGGAGACACCAUGACGAUCGACGAGGCUCGUACGAAAGGAAUCGUCAGGGACGAAUCUGAAAAGAAGGUAGAAUUCACCACGAAGGACAUCAAAAUGACGUUCGAUGAUGCUUUACAGAAGGGUCUCCUCGAUAUGAACGCUGGUACCUACACGAAUCCGUCGACAGGAUGUGCCAUGUCCAUUCAGAAGGCUAUCGAGAACGGUUUGCUGGAAGAUCGAGCGGAUCCCACGGCCGAGAAGCAACCCAUCGAUCAGAUUUACGACGAGAAGACGGAGAGGUUCUUAGACCCGGAGACGAAGAAGUCCUACACCCUCAAGGAGGCGGUGGAAGUUGGACUGGUGGAUCCUAACACUGUUCUUUAUGAUCCAAGAACCGCUGAGACUGUGACGACUAAGCAGGCACUUGAGAAGGGAAUGAUCGAUCCUGUUACAGGGAAGACGAAGGACGUUGAAGGAGGAGGAGUUUCCUUGAAGCAAGCUGCGAAGUUGGGAUUACUGGCUGUUGUCGCUGCACCCGUUUUGGCUGGAAAAGCGGUGUAUGAUGCUGUUCGCGAUGCUUCUGUUGGCAAAGAGAAAGUGGUAACAAAAGAAGUCACUAAGGUUGCACGUUCUGCAGAUACUGCUAAAGUCACUAAAGUAGAUAUUGUCAAAGACACUCCUCCUAAAGCAGACAUUGUCAAAGACACUCAUCCUAAAGAAGGCAUUGUCAAAGACACCCCUAAAGAGGACGCUGUCAAAGUCACUCCUGAAGAAGACAUUGCUACACAUCCCAAAGAAGACGGUGUUAAAGUUACUGGUCCUGAAGAGGAUAUUGCUAAGGUUACACCUCCUAAAGAGGACGCUGUUAAAGUUACUAGUCCAGAAGAAGGCGUUGUUAAAGUUACACAUCCUAAAGAAGACGGUGUUAAAGUUACUAGUCCCGAAGAAGACGUUAAAGUCACACAUCCCAAAGAAGACGUUGUUAAAGUUACCCAUCCUGAAGAAGACACUGCUAAGACCACACAUCCUGAAGAGGACAUUGUCAAGGUCACUCAUACCAAAGAAGAAAUUGUUGAGGUCAAAUAUCCUAAGGAGGACAUUGUUGAGGUGACACAAGCUAAGGAAGAUGUUGCCAAGGUCGCAAGUCCUGAAAAAGAUAUUGCGAAGGUCACACAUCCUGAAGAAGCCGGUGUUAAAGUUACUGGUCUUGAAGAAGAUAUUGUUAAGGUCACACGUCCUGAAGAAGAGGUUGUUAAAGCCACUGCUAAAGAAGAAGAGAAGGUAACUGCAGUCGCAGCACCUCAGAUACCAUCAAAAGAUGAUCUUACAAAGGAAGUUGUACAAAAAGUAGCAGAUAAGGUUCCAACUCCAAAAGAUUCGUCGGAGCAAGCUCAAAAGGAAGCCUUGAAAUCCGAACUUCCAAAGAAAGAAACACAAGAAAAGAAACCAGAGACAUUGAAAACAGAACCUGAACAGCGUUCCAAAGCAGAUAUACCAGUUGUAAAAGUGGAGGAACCAUCAGAGCCUAGUCAAAUACAGAAACCGAUUGAGACAUCCUUGGAGGAACCUGACGAAGAACAAGAGAAAGAGAUCGAUUUCGAAUCCGAAGAAGGCGACAGAAGAUUCGUGAUCGAAGUGACGCCUGAUCUGACGGUACAAGACCUCGUCGUUCGAGACGCGUACGACCCUGAGAAAGAAAGGUUCCUAAACCCAGAAACCGGAGAAGUUAUCUCGUUCAACGACUUCGUUCUAGAACUCAGAAUUUUUGACCCAGACGAGGUGUUGGUGAAAGACUUGACCUGCAAAACAACGGACAGGUACGUGUCUCUUCGGGACGCGAUAGCGAAGCCUCUGGUCGAUCGAAAUCUGGGGAACAUGGUUGACCCUAAGACUGGUAAAAAGAUUCCCUUCUUCGAAGCAGUGAAGCUAGGUCUCAUCAAGCAAGGACCACCUAUGGAACAUUUUGAAGCGACGGAGAGCAAAGAAGGUCUAAGUUUACGACAGGCCGUUGAAAUUGGCCUACUUGACCCGGCCACCUGCGAAGUACGAGAUCCAACCACCAACAAGAUGCUGAAACUGAACGAAGCCAUCGAAAUAGGUUUGAUCGACCCAGAUUCGAUCAGCAUACGAGAUCCAGUUAACGACGAGGUGUCUCCUCUUCCGGAAGUGUUGGAGUCCGGCGCGAAGGUCGACGUUGAAGACGCUUUCGUGAAAGGGUUGAUCGUACCCGAGUCGCGCAAGCCAAUUUCUCUGGAAGCUGCCAUCAGAAAGGGACUGUACGAAGAGGACACCGGUAAAAUCACGGAUACGCUGACCAGUCAAUCCAUAGAUGUCGAAGAGAGUGUACGAAGAGGAAUAAUUGACGCAUUCAUUAGUGAAUGCGAGGACACCAAAGCAGGAACCUUCUUAUCCUUGGAAGAGGCGUUAGGCGGUGAGUCAAAGCUCCUGGACCCUAAUACGGGUCGUCUUCGGGACACCAAGGCUGGAGAACUGUUACCAUUGAACGUCGCCCUCGACAGAGGCAUGAUACUCACCACGGGUUUCGUACCUUCCCUGAUCGACGUGAUAGUUCAGGAAUAUUAUUCGCCAAGAACGGGCCUGGUCGCCAACCCCAGGACAGGAGAGGAGACUACCUUGAAGGAAGCGUUGGCCACCGACUACGUCGACGGAGAGACAACGAUGGUCAGAGACGACCGGAACGACAGAGUGUUAUCCUUGCAAGAAGCUGAAGAGAAUCAGCUGAUCGACCUAGAGCAGGGAAUCCUCCUCUCCCCACACCCUAUGACCUUGGACGUCGCUUAUGAGAAAGGGUACAUCCUCAGCACGGUGAAACCUUGGUCCUUGCAAGAGGCAUUGGCCCAUCAGACUUACGAUCCUGAAAAAGGCACCUUCGACAUCGAUGGAGUCACUUACACCCUCGAGGAAGCAUUGGAGAACGGCUUGAUCGCAAAGGACAGUCCUUCUGUGAAGGAUCCGAGGAACAGCGAGAUCAUCUCUCUGGGCGAGGCCAUCAAGCAGGGUCUGAUCGACCCCAAGACCGCAACAGCCAUCGAUCCGUCCACCAGUUCACCGUUGUCUUUGACCGACGCUUUCGACCGUGGCUUGAUAGUGCCUGCCAAACGCAAGAUAUCCUUGCCAGAGGCCGUCUUCAAGGGUCUCUACGAGCCGACCACCGGUCGCUUCAUCGUUCCAGAGACACGAGAGAAGCUGCCGACCGACCGCGCCAUCAAGGUCGGCGUGAUCGACCCCAGCACAGCGGUGGUGGUACGUCAGCCACACGGCAAGGCCAUCACCUUCACCAAAGCCAUCAAGGAGCUGAUAGUUGACCCGAAGACUGGCACAGUAACCAACGAGAAGGGCAAACCGGUGGACUUCCGUGAGGCGUUAGAACACGGAUUGCUUCUAGAGGCCCGUAGGCCCAUGACCUUCAGCGAGGCCAUCUCCAAAGGUAUUCUCGAUAAGAGGACCAACAUGUUCCUGGAUCCCCAGACAGGUGUCUACCUGACUUUAAUCGAGGCCAUACGGAAGAACCUGAUCGACGCCGACUCAGUGACCGUGAAGGACGGCAGGAGUGGCUUCCGCCACAGAAUCUCUAUGAUGGAGGCCAUCAGAACAGGCUACAUCGACGGGUCUAAGGGUAAAGUAAACGUGACACCAGAAUCCACCAUGUCGCUGCAGGAAGCGUACGAAGCUGGCCUCAUAGUGGACCACAGAGCCGCUGUUUCUCUUCAACGCGCCAUUCACCAGGGUCUCUACGACGAGCAGACUGGAAAGAUUACGGAUCCUACCACCGGAAGAGCGGUCACCCUGCACGAGGCGAUGAGGAAUUGUCUGAUCAACCCUACACUACCUUGCUACUGGGACAAACGAGCGGACAGGUUGCUGUCCUUGGCUGAAACCUGUCGAGCCACGGUGAUAGACAGACGGUCAGGAAUGUUCAAAGAACCUGGAGCGAACAGGACCGUGUCCCUGACUCUCGCCUUGCAGCUAGGUCUUAUCGUCGACAUCGAAACCGCGGAGUUCAACCUCCACCAAGCGAUCAUGAUGAACAUCUACGACCCUGCGACCGGGAAAUUGACUCACCCGUCGACCAACCAGGUUCUGACCCUAGCGGAAGCCUGCAGAUCAGAGCUGAUCGAUCCUCACGGCUCCAUCAUCCGGGACGUCAGAUCUGACAAGUAUCUACCACUUUCCGACGCUGUCUCCUCAGGAGUGAUCGAUGACAUCCGCGGUACUUACAACGCACUGCCGGAACGCGAAGAACCGAUCAAUCUGCGGGAGGCUGCCAACAAGGGAUACAUCGUGCCUUCUCAAUUCCCGCUCAGCAUCGAGGAAGCAGUGAACUGUUACCUCUACCGAGGUCAGACUGGAGUGUUCGUCGACCCCCGCACUAACGAGAGCCACGACUUAUCUCGAGCGUUCGAUGUGGGCCUCCUAGACCCCGACACCACCGCCCUGAAAGAUGUGACCACCGGACAAAUAACGUCCCUCUCUGUCGGUAUCGAGAACGGUUUGAUCGACGUUCCUCAGGGUCGAGUCAUCGACUCGAAAACGAAACGGGGUUAUCCGAUAGAUGUGGCCCUCGAACGUGGUCUUCUGGUGACCUUGGAGAAACCUAUGACACAGCAGUCGGCGCGAAGGAGUCUUAUUCGCAAGGAGGAACCUCGACAGGAGUAUACUCUUCAAGAAGCUGUGGAUAGUAGUCUUUUAGAUGAAAACGCAGCCGUGAUCAGAGACCCGAAGAGCGGUCGAUUCGUGACGGUCAGCAACGUCCUGGCUGACGGUAUGCUGGAUCCAUCCGUCAAAGCAACCUUCGAGGGUGAUGCACCUAAAACGGCCGAUGGCAAACUUGUUCCUCGAUUCGUGCGUUUCGGAGACGUUGAAGUGUUCUUCAUCAAACCUCUGUCCUUCGAGGAGGCUACCGAGAAAGGACACUUGUCCAUGGAGAGUGGAAAACUGACGGAUCCAAAGACCGGAGAGCCCGUUACGUUGAAAGAGGCGGUUGACCUUGGUAUCGUUGACUCCGACUCUGCGUUGAUCAAGGACACGAAGAAGAGGAAGCUCGUUAAGUUGUCCGAGGCGUUCAGGAAAGGUCUGAUGGACGCCGAGAAAGGAAACGUUUUAGAGACGGAAACGUCCAGAUUGUAUCCGUUGUCGAAGGCGUUAGAGACCGAACUGUUAAUCACACCUAAACGGGGUUUAUCGUUCAUAGAGGCCUUGAUGUUUGGUCUUUACGAUGCGACUUCCGGUCGUUUCAAUGAUCCCUUCCUGGUCGCGUCCGCGUCCGAUCGUAAACCGACCACGUUGAAAGAGGCGAUCGAUUCAGGCUUGAUAGAUCCGUCCAGCACGGUGAUCAAAGAACCCGCCACCGGUAAAAUCGUUAGUUUGUUAGAGGCUAUUAAUACCGAGAUAAUAGAUCCUAUAGCGGGCAGGCUUAUCGAAGAUCCAUCGGGAAAGAACGUCGACUUCGCGAAAGCCCUGGAGCAGGGUUAUAUUCUCACCGCAGAAGCUAGGCAAGCGGUCGAAGAGAAGUACAAACUGUGCGACGAAACGUCGUCGAGGUUGCUACAAUGGAUAUCCGAGGUCGAGGACAAGUUAGCCAACCAAGGCAACGUGAAGGAAGACAUCGACGAACUUCGAAAUCAGAUAAACGCCAUGAAAGAGAUCAAGGAGGACUUAGAAGCCCAUUCCCGCCCCGUCGCCUCCUGUCUCGAUCAAAUUCGCCAGGUGGUCCUGACCGGUAGCAACGUGUUGUCCAGCGAAGAAGUGUCCACGCUAGAGAAAAAUGGUCGGUCCCUGAAGACCAGGUUCGACAGAGCCACGGAUCGUACCGAGCGAAUGGUGAAACGCCUAACAGCCGCCAGAGACGAUUUGGUCAAAUUCAAGAACGAGUUGUCAACGUUCUCUCAUUGGCUGGACAACGCCAGACGCGUCCUGGAAGAGAAGGAGCACUCCUUGACCGAUUUGAACAGGUUGAACAGCAGCACUGAUGCGACGCGUGACUUCAUCAGCGACGUCAUUGCACACCAAGCUGACCUUAGAUUCAUCACUAUGGCCGCACAGAAAUUCGUCGACGAAAGCAAAGAGUUCUUACACGUUCUAAACGAGUUCCGAACCAGUUUGCCCCAAAGAUUGCCUCAUAAGGAGCCUGUAGCCAGUCAGGACUCGCCUGUACGCGGCGAAGUGUCUAUCGUCACUGCUCAAUACAAAGAUCUGCUAUCGCGAGCGAAUAUGCUGUCCGAUAGAUUGUCUGGUGUCGGUGGAAGACAGCGAGACUAUCGCGAGUCCUUGGAGAAAGCUAGGAACUGGUUGAAAGAGGUGGAGCCGAAGGUUCAUAGAGCAAUCUCUGAACCUGUCGCGGCUGAGCCCAAACAGGUUGAGGAUCAGUUGAGCAAGGCUAAAGCGUUGAACAAUGAGAUGCUCGCGAACGAACGGCUGGUGGAGAACGUUAAGGUGACUGUGGAGGCACUUCUGAGGUCACUGGAUGGACAGUUAACGCCAAAGGAAGUCGAUGAACUGGAGGAACCUGCAAAGGCACUGGAAGACAAGUAUAAACAGCUGACCAACGCUAUUGGUGAGAAGUGCCAGGAGCUGGACGCUGCUUUGGUUAGGAGCCAGGGAGUGCAGGAUGCGCUGGACAGCUUGGUACUUUGGUUGAACAACAUUGAGAGCCAAUUCAAGAACAUUCAGCGACCAGCCAGUUUACAGAAGGAACGUCUGGAAGAGCAGCAGAGGGACCAACGUCUUCUCCAAGCCGAUUUGGACAGUCAUCGUUUGAGCGUGGAAGCCGUUGCGAGCAGCGCGCAUGAUCUGCUCACGAACUCCAGCAACGCGCGAAUCGCGAAGCGUAUAGAGAGCAAACUGAAAGAUGUACAAUGUAGAUUCGAGAAGUUGAUGGACAAGUCGUUGCGCCGAGGCGAGUUCCUCGACGAGAUCGCGCAAGCCCUCGGCGACUUCUUGGUCGAGACGACGAAGUUCGACAGCUGGUACGCUCACAUGAUCGAAGCUCUCGAGUCUAGAGACUUGAGCAAACUGGACGUGGCAGAGUACGAGACCAAGAUGGCGAAUCUGAUGGAUAAACGCGAGGACCAACGAGCCAGCUUCGAGGACUUGAUCCGCAAUGGAAAGAACUUGAUUUCGAAGAAAGACGUGACCGACGUUGCUCAGAUCAGGGACAAGAUCACGGCUCUUGAAUCUCAAUGGAAGGAAGUGAACAACUUGAUCGAAGAAAAGCAACGACUCAGCAAAUCCAGAGCCAAACAGCUUUCCGCUUACGAAAAGCUUCGCGAUCAAGUUAUCGAUUGGCUGACUCGCACUGAACACAAGGUGCAAGGCCUCGAACCUGUGGCUGUUGAUUUGGAGAAGCUGAAGAGACAGGCUGACGAGCUGAAGCCUAUUCAGAAAGAGUAUCGCGAUUAUGGCAACACCGUUGAUAAAGUGAACGAUCUUGGAAUCGCGUAUGACGGCCUGCUCAAGGAACGUAUCGAGAGUCCAACACGUCGUCGUGGUAGCACCAGUCCAACCAAGAGACCAGUACGACGAAUGUCACAAGACGGUCGCUCACCAUCUCCCGCUAAAUUGUAUGCUGCUCAAAGUCCGGUCUCUCCAGGUGGUAGCAGCGGAUUCAGCAGCCGACGCUCCAGCCAGGACGGUUUUCACCUGGAGGACUUGUCGCCCGUUCAGCAGCAACUUUCAGAGAUCAAUAACAGAUAUGGAUUGCUGGGUGUCCGUCUGACCGACCGGCAGACCGAGCUAGACAGUGUCAAGGACGAAUUGAGGAGACACAUGGACAACUUGAAGACGCUUUCCCAGUUUCUGGAGAAGAUUCAGCGACAGAUACCAAAGGAAACCAUGCCAGGCACUAAAGAAGAAGCGGAUAAGACCGCGAAACAGAUUAAGAUCGUUAUCGAAGAAAUGUACGAGAAACAAUCGUUGCUUGACACCACCCGAACCCAAGUUCGCGAUUUGGUCAGACGCAAGAAGGGAGCAGCCGGUGUAGACAGAUUGAACGACGAAAUGGAAGAUGUGACGAACAGAUGGAGAUCCUUCAGCGAACGUUGCAAAGACAGAAUAAAGUUCCUGGACGAUGUCAAGGACUUCUACGAUACGUCUGAAGGUUUAGCUUCGUGGCUUGGAUCAAAGGAGAGAAUGUUGGGUGCUUUGGGUCCGAUUUCAGCCGAUCCCAGAAUGGUUGCCAGCCAAGUGCAACAGGUUCAGGUCCUGAGAGAGGAGUUCCGCACUCAGCAACCUCAGCUGGAUCACCUGAUACAGGUCGGAGAGAACAUCCUCAGCGUGAUAGGAACCGAUUCACCGGAUGGUCAAAGAACGAGUACCAAAUUACGAUCCAUUUUGGACAAAUGGUCCGACCAGUUAGCUCGACUCGACGAAAGAGCGCAGAGCUUGGGAGACGCGGUUGAUACCAGCCGCGAGUUCGACGCGAGUCUGAACCGUCUGCGCGACGCUCUUCAAGCGAUAUCCGACAAUCUCGAUGAACUGACUCUGGAAAAAGAUCCCGAAGACCAGCUGCGAAAGAUCGAGAAUCUUGAGAGACAGCUGGAAGGUCAAAGACCUUUGCUGGCGGACGCUGAGGCAGCGGGUGAACAGCUGUGCGAGGUUCUGAGCGAUCCAGCUUCCAAAUCCGAGAUUCACGGAAAACUGGCUGCAGUUGGAAAGCUGUACACUAACCUGCAGAAGAAAUUGGACCACAAGAAAGCUGAGAUAGAGGGCAAUUUGCGAGAUGGAAGACAGUUCGAGGCUUCCUGCACUAAAACUUUGGGCUGGCUCGCGGAUGAGCUUGGAAACAUGUCCGAGAAGUUGUUGGUAUCGGCCGAUCGAGACAUCUUGCAACAGCAACUUGAUCAUCAUGAGCCGAUGUAUAGAAACGUGAUGGGCAAAGAGCACGAGGUCAUCAUGCUGCUGAACAAAGGAAGAGACAUGUUAGCUCGAUCGCAAAAGGUGGAGAACCGGUCUCUGCAACGCGACCUCGACAAGAUGCAGUCGCAGUGGGAUCGUCUGAAGAAAGACAUGAUGGACAGGCACACGAAACUACAGACUUGCGCGGAACACUGCAAGAAAUACUACAAGGCACAAGACGCGUUCCUGCCAUGGUUGCGACAAGCUGAAGACAAACUCGAAUGCUUGAAGCCAGCUUCCUUCAAACGCAAGGACAUCGAGAAGCAACUGAAAGAACUGUCCUCGUUCAGAAACGAGGUCUGGAAACAUUCCGGUGAAUUCGAGAACAACAAAACUCUUGGCGAGACUUUCCUAGGAGCUUGCGAUAUUGACAAACAAAAUGUUAAGAACGAGCUUGGCGCUAUGAAGACCAGAUGGGACAAGUUGAACAAUGACUUGAUCGCAAGAACACAGUCUUUGGAGGACACUGCACGGCAUUUGAUGGACUUCAAUGAGAACCUGCGAGAACUGAGACACAGUUUGCAGCGUUGCGAAGAUAAAUUGGCAUCUCACGAUGCUCUUGGAGGAGCAGCUAAAGACCCGAAACUUCUCGAUAGGAUAAAGAGUUUACGAGAAGAAACGACAAACCUGAAGAAACCUUUGCAGUAUGUCAAACAACAGGCCAGUGACUUGGUGAACAAAGCUCGUGAACAGGGAGUCGAUGCAACGCACUUGCAAGACGAAGUAAACAAUCUAAGUGACAGAAUCAAUGAUCUGCAAGCGAAGCUGGACGACAGAUGCAACGAGUUGCAGAGCGCAGCUACCGCAGUUGCGCAGUUCAACGACCAAGCGAAAACAAUUGGGCAACAGGUGUCGAGUCUUGAGAGGGAAUUGGACUCGAUGAGAGCGCCAGGCAGGGAAAUCAAGAUCAUUAGGGUUCAGAUAGAGGAAACGACGAAAGUGAUAACCAGAGUGACUCGAUUGUACGAGGAAGUGACCGAUCUGGAGGGUCUCGGAGAACGUUUGGUCGAUUACGGUUUCGCGGCUGAUGCUGUGGCAACCAGGGAACAAGUUGCCGGCUUGAAACGACAGGUCGUGAAGCUGGAUGAUCGCUCGAGAGACCGCCAUGAAGAGCUGUCGGCCACUUUGGACAGGUUACAGGAAUUCUAUCAAGCUCACACGACCGUCAUAAGCGAGAUCGACGAAGCGAACGAGCAUGUCAGAAGAUUCAAACCAGUUGGAUCAGAAGUGGAAUCCAUUAAAGUCCAACAAGAAGAUUUCCGACUGUUGAAAAUUAACAAGAUAGAACCUUUGGCUCGCGCCGUUGAGGACUGCAACGUCCUUGGUCAAGCCUUGAUUCAGACUGCCGGUCGUGAUGUGAACACCAGCAACAUUGAAAAAGAUGUCGACAAGAUGAACGAGAGGUGGAACGAUUUGAAGGAAAGACUGAAUGAACGAGACAGAAGGUUGGACGUAGGAUUGCUUCAGUCUGGAAAGUUCCAGGAAGCUCUGGAAGGUCUUCAGAAGUGGUUGACAGAUACGGAAGAGAUGGUCUCCAACCAGAAACCACCGUCGUCGGAUUACAAGGUAGUCAAAGCACAGUUGCAGGAGCAGAAGUUCUUGAAGAAGAUGCUGAUGGACCGGCAGAAUUCGAUGUCGUCCUUGUACAACAUGGGUCAGGAGGUAGCUGCUGGUGCAGAUCCUAAGGAACGAAAGAUGAUCGAGAAACAACUGAAAGAGCUUGUGGGAAGAUUCGACAAUUUGACGGAAAGCGCAGCCGAAAGAAUGGAGGCGCUCGAACAGGCAAUGGGUGUAGCCAAACAGUUCCAAGACAAGUUGGUACCGUUGGCAAUUUGGUUGGACAAGACGGAGAAACGUGUGAGGGACAUGGAACUGGUGCCAACCGACGAGGAGAAGAUCCAGCAGCGUGUUACAGAACACGACGCUCUUCACGAAGACAUUCUGUCCAGGAAACCUGACUUCAGCGAACUCACAGAGAUUGCUAGUCAACUGAUGGCUCUCGUGGGUGAAGACGAAGCUGCAGCUCUGGCCGACAAAUUGCAGGACGCUGCCGACAGAUACGCCGCCUUGGUCGAACGAUCAGAGGCUCUCGGCAGCCUUCUGCAACGAUCGAGGCAAGGUUUGCGUCACCUGGUUCUCAGUUACCAAGAACUUCAGGCUUGGAUGGAAGGCAUGGAGAUCAGACUGUCGAAGUACCGAGUAUUGGCAGUUCACACAGAGAAGCUUCUUCAGCAAAUGGAAGAUCUUGCUGACUUGACCGAAGAGGUAUCCACCAGACAGACCGAAGUAGACAGCACCACGGAUGCCGGUUUAGAACUGAUGAAACACAUCUCGAGCGACGAGGCUCUUCAACUGAAGGACAAGCUCGACUCUCUGCAACGACGAUUCAAUGAUUUAGUCAGCCGCGGCUCCGAUCUGCUGAAACACGCUCAGGAAUCGCUGCCAUUGGUCCAACAGUUCCAUGACAACCACAAUCGCUUGAUGGACUGGAUGCAAGCGGCCGAGUCCGCCCUGCAAUCCGCAGAACCUCGCGAGGAUGAGAUCGUACGCCUGGAAAUGGAGAUAUCGGAGUACAGACCAGUCCUGGACAAAAUCAACGCUGUCGGUCCACAAUUGUCUCAGUUGUCGCCGGGUGAAGGCGCUGCCACCAUCGAGGGUUUGGUAACCAGAGACAACCGGCGAUUCGACGCCAUCGCGGAACAGAUCCAACGCAAGGCCGAGAGAAUACAGCUCAGCAAACAGCGUUCGCUAGAAGUGAUCGGCGACAUCGACGACCUGCUAGAAUGGUUCCGCGAGGUGGACAAUCAGCUGAGAGAGGCAGAACCACCCAGCAGCGAACCUGAGAUCAUCAGAGUACAACUGAAGGAGCACAAAGCUCUGAACGACGACAUAUCCAGUCAGAAGGGCCGCGUCAGAGACGUCAUAUCGACGGCGAAGAAGGUGAUACGCGAAAACGGCCAGCAUGAGGACACGUCAACUAUCAGAGAGAAGAUGGAGGAUCUCCGAGAGACAAUGGAAAUCGUCUCCGGUCUUUCUGCCGACCGACUUGGAGCACUGGAGCAAGCGUUGCCGUUGGCUGAACAUCUGCGGGAUACGCACAUUGGUCUGGUCAGCUGGCUCGAAGAGGCCGAACAACAAGUUGCCAUGCUUCCUAUGCCUGCUUUGAGGCCUGACCUCAUAGCCGCGCAGCAGGACAAGAACGAGCUGCUAAUGCAGAGUAUCAACGAGCACAAGCCUCUCGUAGAAAAGUUGACCAAAACCGGUGAAGCUUUGCUGAAGCUUGUUAACGAAGAAGAGGGAAUUAAGAUACAGGACAUCCUCGAAGCCGACACAGCCCGAUAUGCAGCUCUCAGGGCCGAACUGCGAAGUCGACAGCAGACUCUGGAGCAAGCGUUGCAAGAGUCCUCUCAGUUCUCCGACAAACUGGAGGGAAUGUUGCGUGCGCUCUCUUCAACGGCGGAUCAGGUGAACGGUGCUGAACCCAUCAGCGCUCAUCCUGGUCGCCUGAGGGACCAGAUGGAAGAGAACACCGCAUUAGUCGACGAGCUGGCCCAGAGGUCCGAGGCCUACGCGGCCGUGAAGAGAGCAGCCGAUGAUGUGAUCAGCAAGGCUGGAAACAGGGCUGAUCCAGCUGUGAAGGACAUCAAACGUAAACUGGACAAGUUGAACAAACUAUGGAGCGACGUGCAGAGGGCGACCAACGAGCGAGGACACACUCUGGACGAUGCUCUGGCGAUCGCGGAGAAAUUCUGGUCCGAGCUGAAUGGCGUGAUGUCGACUCUGCGAGAACUGCAAGAUGCUCUCGCGGGUCAGGCACCACCUGCAGCACAACCUGCCGCCAUCCAACAGCAACAGGUAGCUCUGCAGGAGAUCAGACACGAGAUCGACCAGACGAAACCCGAUGUCGAGCAAGUCCGCGCAUCUGGACACGAGCUGAUGGGUCUCUGCGGCGAACCGGACAAACCGGAGGUCAGGAAACACAUCGAGGACUUGGACCAAGCUUGGGACAACGUGACCGCGUUGUAUGCCAGGCGCGAGGAGAACCUUAUAGACGCCAUGGAGAAGGCCAUGGAGUUCCAUGAGACUUUACAGAAUCUCCUGGAGUUCCUCCAGGAAGCCGAGGACAAGUUCGCUCGCAUGGGACCACUGGGAAGCGACAUCGACGAAGUUAAGAAACAGAUCAAACAAUUGGCCAAUUUCAAGGCCGAAGUAGAUCCUCACAUGGUCAAGGUCGAAGCUCUGAACAGGCAAGCGGCAGAAUUAACGGAGAGGACAUCAUCGGAGCAAGCGGCAGCCAUCAAGGAACCACUGGGAGCCGUGAACAAGCGAUGGGACGGUCUGCUCAGAGGACUCGUCGAGAGACAACGUCUUCUGGAGAACGCUUUGUUACGAUUAGGACAGUUCCAGCAUGCACUUGACGAACUUUUGGUAUGGAUCGAGAAGACGGACGACACUCUGGACAACCUGAAGGCGGUGGCUGGAGAUCCACAGGUGAUCGAAGUGGAGCUAGCCAAGUUGAAGGUGUUGGUGAACGACAUCCAAGCGCAUCAGACGAGUGUCGACACGUUGAACGAUGCCGGAAGACAGUUGAUCGAGGACGGAAAGGGAACGGCGGAAGCCUCGACCACGGCCGAGAAAUUGGGAACCUUGAAUCGCCGUUGGCGAGACCUACUGCAACGCGCUGCGGAUCGUCAACGAGAACUGGAAGAUGCCCUCAGAGAGGCGCAGUCGUUCACCGCAGAGAUUCAGGAUCUGCUCUCCUGGUUAGGUGACGUGGACAACACGAUAGUGGCCUCGAAACCGGUGGGUGGUUUACCAGAAACCGCUUCGGAACAGCUGGAACGUUUCAUGGAAGUUUACAACGAGCUGGAGCAGAAUCGUCCGAAAGUCGAGACUGUUCUCCAGCAAGGUCAGGAGUACCUGAAACGCGCGGAUACUAGCAGCGCCGGUGGUCUGAACCACAAUCUGAAGACCCUGAAACAACGAUGGGACAACGUGACCGCUCGCGCCAGCGACAAGAAGAUCAAGCUGGAGAUCGCGUUGAAGGAGGCUACGGAGUUCCACGACGCGCUCCAGGCGUUCGUCGACUGGCUCACUAACGCUGAGAAGAUUUUGACCAACUUGAAACCGGUGUCGAGGGUGAUGGAGACCAUUCUUGGUCAGAUCGAGGAACACAAGGCCUUCCAGAAGGACGUCGGCGUUCAUCGCGAGACCAUGCUGAAUCUGGACAAGAAGGGUACCCAUCUGAAAUACUUCUCCCAGAAACAGGACGUGAUCCUGAUCAAGAACUUGCUGAUAAGCGUGCAGCACAGAUGGGAGAGGGUAGUUUCCAAGUCCGCGGAAAGAACGAGGGCUUUGGAUCACGGAUACAAGGAAGCACGAGAGUUCCACGAUGCUUGGUCCAACCUGAUGAACUGGCUGGAUGAGACGGAGAAGACCUUGGACGAAGUUGCUACAGACGGCGGCCUUGGUGGUAACGACCCUGAGAAGAUCAAAGCUCGACUGAACAAGCACCGCGAGCUACAGAAGGCCCUCAGUGCCAAACAGGGUACCUAUGACGUCACCAUGAAGAACGGUAAGCUGCUGAAGGACAAGGCGCCCAAGAGCGACGAGUCCGCUCUGAAGGAACUGCUGAACGAGCUGAAGAACAAGUGGACCACCGUAUGUGGCAAGUGCGUGGACAGACAGAGGAAGUUAGAAGAAGCUCUGCUCUUCUCGGGUCAAUUCAAGGACGCCAUUCAAGCGCUCCUGGAAUGGCUCAGCAAGUCACAGAAGCAACUCACGGAAACUGGACCGCUUCACGGCGAUCUGGACACCGUGAUGAACCUAGUAGAACAGCACAAGACCUUCGAGAAGGACCUGAAAUCUCGCGAGUCACAAAUGAAGUCCGUAAUCCAAACUGGUUGGGAGAUACUCAGAAAAGCUCCGGAAGACGCGUCUGCCAUUGAAUCUCAAAUAUCUGAAAUGCACGACCUUUGGAACACGGUUACAAAAUUAUCUCUGGCGAAGACCAGCCGACUCGAGGAAGCUCUGAGAGAAGCUGAACGCUUGCAUAAGGCUGUUCACGUGCUGCUAGAGUGGUUGAGCGACGCCGAGAUGAAACUGAGGUUCGCUGGACAGCUACCGGAGGACGAACAAGAGAGCAGGAACCAGCUGAUGGAGCAUGAGAGGUUCUUGCGUGAACUGCGUAUCAAGGAGGUUGAAAAGGACCAAACACUGGAACUGGCUCAUACGAUUCUUGGUAAGGCUCAUCCAGAUGGUGCCGCGGUUAUCAAACAUUGGAUUACCAUCAUACAGUCGAGAUGGGAGGAGGUGGCCACUUGGGCUCAUCAGAGGAACCAGAGAUUGGAGAACCACAUGCAAGGUCUUCAGGAUCUUGAUAACCUUCUCGAAGAGCUGUUGUCGUGGCUCGAAGGUUUGGAGAACACCCUGAACGCCCUCGAGGCUGAACCCCUGCCAGACGACAAAGCUACCCUGGAAAUGUUGAUAGCCGAUCACAGAGAGUUCAUGGAGAACACUAGUCGAAGACAGAACGAGGUCGAUCGCGUCUGCAAAGCUAGACAAGUGAAACCGGUGAAAGACACGAAGAAGAUAUUGAAGGCUAAGUCACCAGCGCCGACCCGAGGCAGCCCAGGCCGCGACAGAACAGCAGAUUCGUUGCCGCACAUCGGCCCAAGGUUCCCACCUAAAGGAAGCAAAGGAGCCGAACCCGAGUUCCGCAGUCCGAGAGUGAAACUCCUGUGGGACAGGUGGAGACAUGUGUGGAUGCUGGCUUGGGAACGUCAACGACGACUUCAGGACAAGUAUAACUACAUUCAGGAGUUGGAUCGCGUUGCUAACUUCAGCUGGGAGGAUUGGCGCAAGAGGUUCUUGAAAUUCAUGAAUCACAAGAAGUCCAGACUGACCGAUCUCUUCAGGAAGAUGGACAAAAACAAUGAUGGCCUCAUUCCUCGUGAAGACUUCAUUCAAGGAAUCAUGAAUACCAAAUUUGAGACGUCCAGAUUAGAAAUGGGAGCAGUAGCAGAUCUGUUCGACCGUCACGGCGAAGGAUUGAUAGACUGGAAGGAGUUCAUUGCUGCUUUGAGACCGGACUGGGAAGAACGAAGGACAUACAAUGACACGGAUAAGAUUCACGACGAAGUGAAACGCUUGGUGAUGCUUUGUACUUGUCGUCAGAAGUUCCGCGUCUUCCAAGUUGGCGAGGGAAAAUACAGGUUCGGAGACAGUCAAAAGUUGCGACUGGUACGAAUCCUACGAUCCACAGUGAUGGUUCGUGUCGGUGGUGGAUGGGUAGCCUUAGACGAAUUUCUAUUAAAGAAUGAUCCUUGCCGCGCCAAGGGAAGAACGAAUAUCGAGCUGCGAGAGCAAUUCAUUUUGGCGGACGGUGUCAGCCAGACAAUGACGGCCUUCAGAUCGAAGCCGAGUCCAACCUCGACGCUGCAACGUACCAAUAUCUCGUCGGCGAAUGCCGGACCCAUCACCAAGGUGAGAGAACGCAGCGCUCGAAGCGUCCCUAUGGGACAAUCACGAGCAUCCCGCUCCUCGUUGAGCGCCGGGACGCCCGACAGCCUAAGCGAUAACGAGAGUUCCUUCAAAAUUGGCUCCGCCAGGAAGACCAGUACGCCUUAUAGAAGCACCAUUACUCCAGGUGGUAGUCGUCCGUCUAGCAGACCAGCGUCGCGGCCAGCGUCCAGACCAACAAGUAGACCAGGAAGUAGACCAGCCUCUAGACAGGGUAGCAAACCUCCAAGCCGUUAUGGUUCAACGCAAUCGCUCGAUAGUACCGACGAUUCGAGCAACCUAAGCCGGAUUCCUCGUAGAACAACCGUCAGCACAACAGGGAACACUCCAACAUCCAGCAGACACAACAGCGUUUCUGGAAAACGACUUGGAACACCGGUGAACGGUUCUAGUUCACGUCCCAGAACUCCCACGGGUCUGGUUAGUCCUGCCAGUGGGGUUCCAGCUAGGUUUGGCACAAUCCAUAGAGCUUCGAGCAUUCCAACCCUGACUGGUGUCGGCACACCGAUCAGCCGUUCGAGGAUUCCCGUGUACGUGGGUACUGAUAUUAAAUCCCCACAAUCGACGACCAGCAAUAUUUCAACUCAUUCUACGCAAAGCAACCACUCGACGGUUUCUACCGAUUCUACCGGGAGCAGCUCGAUGUGUACAAAUUCAGCAACUAACACCUCGUCGGCCGUUAAGCAAGCUAGAACAAGGACACCGUCCAGUGGGUCGAGUACUCCACUGCCGCCAUCGCUGAAGCUGUCGAGGAAGCCUUCAGGAGCCUCGGACACGUCGGUGUCGACGACCCCUGCCAGUCAAAGGAGAGGAAAACCGACGCCGAUCGAUCAACGUGCACCAUUCCGAUUAUAGUCGCGCCAUGGACGUAGUCGCUGAAAGGCCAAAACUGUUCUCGAAGCCGUGAUCGUGUCAACGAGACCGAGAUCACCGCCUGUUUUGUUCACGGGGCAUCCUCGUCGACGCUACGCUUAGAAUAUUCUAAUAAUAUAUUAACGAUUCGUACCGCGAGGGCGCCUCGAGAGAGAGAGAUGAAAUUCGUUACUAAAGCUUUUUUGCUUCAAGGAGAACUUCAUUACCUUUUUCCUUUCUUUGUUAAAAUCCCUACGAAGCGAGGUUCUCCUCGAGGAUGCCCGAAUCGAAAGAGCUUAACGUUAUCGAGAUAUUUUGUAAAAAUAUACGCAUAGAAAGCGCGGGUGACACGCGCUGCUAAGAGAAAUUUAUCCCAGAAUGAUGAUGUGUGUCUGGGCCGUGCAGAGGGCGCCACUGUGGCGCUCAGUAUGGGCCCGAUUAGCCGGUGUUUCGUAAGAGUGUUUCUUUACGGAAUGAUAGCGAUAACGAUUUAUCAAUUAAUGUAAUUGUAAUUUUACGUUAUCUAUAGGACUAGGUUUUUACCGGUCGUUAACACGAGUAACGUUUCAUGUUCGUGGAAAUGAAAUCAUUCGUCGCUGGUGUAUGCGUAUUUCGCGGCGCACGCGUCGCCUGACUGUACCGAUUCUAUUUUCCGUUUACUACGAUUGUAAUUUCUUUAAUGGAUCCUUCGCGGAAGGAGCAACGAAUCGAGAAAGAUCGUAUCGUUUUAAUUGGAGAUGUUAUAGGAACGAUGUGUAUAUACUGCUCGGUUGUCCGGCACGGUAACGCGGCCGGGAAUCACUCCGCGAAUAAGACAGUUUCCUAGAAAUGAAAAUGAAAAAAGACAAAUUACGCUACACGCAACGAUUUUGCCUUAAGUCUAUCGCCGUAAUCGCUUUUGCGCGAAUCGUACCUGCCCUACCGAAGCGGACCGUGGCGCGGACGAACGAGCGGGCCCUAAUUUCUGAUCCGUACUUUGGCUUUGUUCGAUAAUGAUAUUUUUUUUGCAGAAAGGCAUUUCCGACCUUCCUUCUUUCUUUUUUAUGUUUUUAGAAUGCGAUUAACGCGAUAGCACGAUUCGUACGAUGAUGAUGAUGCGAUUAAUCUAUUAACUAUUCUUAAAUGUUAAUCUCCUGUUUUCGCUUUACUUGAAGGUUCUGUAUCGUCGCUACUAAUUGCAGUGGAAAAAUAUACGCAAACGCACACGCAUUUGACACCAAACUUUCAA